AUGAUGAGAUCAGCUUUCUGUGCACAGGCCCCAACCCGCCUGUGGACUUUGACACAGCGCAGCUUCUCGACCUCCACCGUCUUACGAAGGAUCAACAAAAUCUGUGCCUCAGAAAGCGACGCCAUUCAGAAAGUAAAGAGCGGAUCGACAGUUCUUGUCGGAGGAUUUGGCUUUUCUGGUGUUCCCGAAUCGCUUAUCGAAGCUAUUGCCGCACGAAAAGAUCUCAAAGAUCUAACCGUCGUCUCAAACAAUGCUGGCAUGCCUGGUGUCGGACUUGCGUCGUAUAUCGGAGAGAACAAAGUCUUUGAGAAGAUGUAUCUCAGUGGGGAGCUUAGCCUUGAGUUGAUACCGCAGGGAACAAUGGCCGAGAGAUGCGCCUCUGGGGCAGCUGGUGUACCCGCAUUCUAUACCCCAGCGGCGUUUGGCACUUUUGGCAAGUCUGCUACCUCGCAAAGAGUGACAAGAGGCUAA